UUUCCGUAGGAAAGGGAGGAAAUAGUAUAUGAAGGUAUCAGUAAUACCUUUCACGCUGGAGUAUGACUUCUGUCCCGGGAAGGAAUCGAACCCGCGUCAGUCUCGCAGCACCAUCCUCUUUGUUAUUAUUAGGUCGCUUUAAGAAUACUUUUUAUAGUGUAAAUUAAAAUAACCUCUAGCAUAGAAAGAAAUCGAACCCACGUCCCUCUCGUAGCACCAUUCUUAAUCUUAUUAUGUCACUUUAAGAGUACUUUUUACAGUGUAAAAUAACUUCUACCAUAGAAAGGAAUCGAACCAGCAGCCACCUUAUAGCAGGUACACAUCGUAUUCCCACCACUGCUACUACCCCAUUUUUUAUUAUCAUAAUCAACAUCACUUCUUGGCCUUUUGGCUAAGAUCAAGUGUAUUAUUAUUAUUAUUAUUAUUAUUGGGGGGGGGAUAAAAAAAUAAAAAAUUGUCUGGUAGCACCUUAUAGACCAACUAAGUUUAUACCAGAACAAACUUAGUUGGUCUAUAAGAUGCUACUGGACAAUUUUUUAUUUUUAUUUUGACUGCUUCAGACCAACACAGCUACCUACCUGAAUCUAUUAUUAUUAUUAUUGUUGUUGUUGUUGUUAUUGUUGUCACUUUAUCCACUGAAAAUGACUCAAAGCAACUUGCAGAUACUAAAACUCAUUAACAACCUGUGAGGUUAUCCCUAGUAAACCACACCAUGCGUUUUAGAGCAUAGCCAAGGCACGUUUAGAAAGUGUGCCACUUCCCCUUAUGUGGUGCAGCAAUAAAAAUGCUAGCACAUUUGCAAAGCUAAGCAGGGUCCAGUAUGGUUUCAAAUUGGAUGGAGGACUGUGUGUUGAGAUUCCUGCAUUGCAGUGAGCUGGGCUAGAUGACCCUAAGGAUCCCUUCUAUGAGUCCUGGGAACAGUAGUUUGCAAAGGGUUCUGGGAAUUGUGGCUCUGUGGGGGGGAGAAAGUACAGCUCCCAGGAUCCUUUGGGGGAAGCGAUGUGCUUUAAUUUCUUCACCAAGAGAAGGACCUCCCCUGAAGAUCUCAGAGCCUGGGCAAGUGAGGGAAUACCAUCUUUCAGACAGCUUGGACUUAAGCCACGUAGGGCUUUAUAGGUCACAACCAGCACUUUGAAUUGCGCCUGGAAACAGUGGAGCUCUUGUAGCAAAGGAGUCAUCUGCUUCUCUGUAACCAGCCCCUGCAAACAGUUUGGCUUGCAGCUCUUUGAGCCAGUCAAAGUUUCUGAUCACAUUUCAAAGGCAGCCCUUUGGGAGAGCCCUGUAUGCCACCUUGAGCUCCUUGGAAGAAAGGUGGGAUAUUAAAUAAACAAAUAAAAUAUGCAUUUGGUGUGGGACCACAGCCCUGAUCCUGCAAGCGCUUCUUACGUUCUUAUGCUGUGCAGCUACAGCAAUUGUUUCCCCUUUUACUUGGGUGUGGGGAAACAUUUGCCCACCAGAUAAUGCAGAUCUACAACUCCUACAAUCCCUGGCUGUUGGCCAUGCUUGUUUUUACUGAUAAUUUAAUUGUUUUAUUCUCUUUGUAAACCACUUUGAGGUUUUUCUGCUACAAUUGAGCAAUGUCUAAGUUUUUGGCAACAGCUAAGUCCGUAUGGUAGAGGGAUGCAGGUGGCGCUGUGGAUUAAACCACAGAGCCUAGGACUUGCCGAUCAGAAGGUCAGCGGUUCGAAUCCCUGUGACGGGGUGAGCUCCCAUUGCUCGGUCCCUGCUCCUGCCAACCUAGCAGUUCAAAAGCACCUCAAAGUGCAAGUAGAUAAAUAGGUACCGCUCCGGCGGGAAGGUAAACGGCGUUUCCGUGCGCUGCUCUGGUUCGCCAGAAGCAGCUUAGUCAUGCUGGCCACAUGACCUGGAAGCUGUACGCCGGCUCCCCUGGCCAAUAACGGGAGAUGAGCGCCGCAACCCCAGAGUCUGUCACGACUGGACCUAAUGGUCAGGGGUCCCUUUACCUUUAAGUCCGUAUGGUAUAGCUCAGCCAGUAGAGCAUGAGAGCCUUAAUCUCCGAAAUCUAUAACUUUGAACUCUAUUGUAUCUGUCCCUUAAUAACAUCAGAGCAGGGAUAGCUCAGUUAGUAGAUAGUGAGAGACUCUUGACCUCAUGGUCACAGGCUUGAGCCCCACGCUGGGCAAAAGAUUCCUGUAUUGCAGGGGGUUGGACUAGAUGACCUUGGUGGUCCCAUCCAACUCUACAGUUCUAUGAUUCUAUGAAAUAAAAACAGCAGCUACGAUAAGUGGCUGCAUGAAAGCACCCUCCGGUUAGCAAGAGAGAAACUUAUAUACACACACAGAGCUUUCUUGCUGGUCCCUGGCCCAGCCAUGUUGCUAGACAACACAGAGAGAACAAAGGCACUUUGUCCCCUUUUUCCUCCCCAAAAAAGUGUGCUCAGCAUAGCAACGUUUCGGUGCAGCGUUCUGAGUGAGAUGGCAGGGGGGCCCAGGGUCACUUGUGUGCAUGUCGGUAUUAACUAUUGAAAGCAGAGAGGCCCAGCGCCAGCUAUUGUGAGUAUUUGUAUUCUUUGUCAUGAAAGAUGUUUACUACACUCAGCAUAUUGCUGAUGACACCAAAGUGUCUUUUUUCUCUCCCCUUUCCUUUCCUUUUCUUUCUGUUUCUUUCUUUUUUAAAAAAAGGAAGCAUGCACAAACAUUCCCUAUUCAUUAAAACAACUGGUUUAAAAAAAACCCAAAAUGUCAACACCUCUCCAUACAAGUUCAGCUGAUCAAGCAUUUCACCAGCACUUUCAGGAUGUAUACAGAAUCUUUCUUGCAAUGCUGAACGUACUUUUUUUAAAAAGCUCAUUUUAGCACCCCGCAGUCAUUAAACAUAAUUGCUUCUUAAAGAAUGAAGAAUCAUUGCUAUACUAUUCAGUUUUAAAAUAAUUUAAAAGGAACUUUUAUUUUAUUUGUACACAUAAAUCUAAGAAUAAUAAAAUAAAAGAGUUUUAUAUUAUGAGGACCCGGAUGUUUAUUAUUUAUUUGUUGGUUUGUUGCAUUUAUACCCUACCUUUUUCACCAAGGAGCUCAAGUUGACUUACAACCCCCUCUUCCCCUCCAAUUUCAUCCCUGCAACAACCUUGCAAGGUAGGUUAGGCUGAAAGUCAGUAACUGGCCUCCAAGGUCACACCCAGCAAAUUUCAUUUGAACCCUUGUCUCUCCCGGGUCCAGUUCGACACUACCCACUACAGUAUACCACACACAAAUCUAGGAAUAAUAAUAAAAUGACAGUUGUUAUUAUUAUUAUAUUUCUUACCUGCCCUUCACCAGAAAGUCCCAGAGUGGGUGACAGCAAUGCAAAAUACAACAUUAAAAACUACUUUAAAACCAUUAUGCUUACUCUUAAAGACACAAGACGUUGCCCCAACCAUUUGUUGAUUUAGUUACACUGAAUUUUUUUCAGUAUAAUUGCUUGUGGUCCAUCUGUCAAUGUGCCUGGCACUUUGCAAGGGACAAGAAGGCAGGUCCUUGCCCCCAGGGAGGUUACAGUAAACAAAAUGACAUAGGGGGAAACACAACAACAGGGGAAAGGGAGGCAUAAAUCACAGCAUCUUCAGUACCUUCAGGGGAAAUAAGAAUCUGCAUAUCAAAGAAAAAUGUUUCAUAUGAAUUUAGAUUUUUUGCAAUCGGCUAAUGGGAUACACAGCUUCAGUUGUUCCUUUAGGUCAGCCUUUACCAUCCUGCUGCCCUUCAGAAAUUUAGGACUACAACUCCCAUCAGCUCAUGGUGGAAUACACCCUUCUCACCCUCUUACUCUCCAUUUUAUCCUCACAAUAACCCUGUGAAGCAAGGUAGGCUGAGAGAAGAUGACUGUCCCAAAGACACCCAGUUAGCUUCAUGGUGGAGUGGAGAUUUGAACUCAUCUCCUGGACCCUAGUCCAACACUCUAACCACUACACCCAUGCUGGUUUGGAUUGUGUUGUGGGUAGUGGUUUCUGAACAUCACCCAUUUCUCCUUCUGUGAAAUGGGUAUUUUGUGGUGCCUUAACUGCUCAGAUUUCCACAUGGGCCUAAGGGGGUUGGGGGACACACCCCCCCCCCCGGUUUUAGCAUAAGGAGGCUUAUGGGAGGGAAGUUAUUGGUUUGUGGGGGUUUGUGGGUCUUGUUUUUAUUAUAUUUUGUGUUCUCAUUUUGUAUUUUUAUGUUGUGAACUGCAGCAUACAAAUUUAAUAAACAACCAACAAGUAAAUAAAUAUUAAGCUUCCUAUGUUACUUUGCUUCCCUGAGCCAGCGCAGACUGCAUUUCUCAUCACAACAGCAACCCAAAAGUGAGAUUUCCAGACAGAUUUUUUAUAGAAAUUAAGCAAUCCAGAUAAAGCCAGCAAGUGGGGGGAUAUAACAUCUCCUACUUAGAUAAGUAAGCUAAAGUGCUUAACCUUAUCUGAUUUGUGUCAUUAAUAAAGGGGGAAACUCAUAAAAAAACACAGAUUAUUACAUGGUACGAGGAGGGAGAGAUUGAUACAUAUGAAAGAUAUUUGGAUAUGAUGGACAGGGUUGCUUUUGAAACCAUUUUCUUGAUCUGAUUUGUCAAGCGCUGUAGGAAUGCAGGAGCAGCAACUUAAAAUCACCACAGCAUAACAAAAUAAGAAAUGAUAAAAGCAGGAAUGUGGCAUUCUUUGAUGCACUUCAUUCUGUGCCUCUUGGUUCUUAGAGCCUUGCACAAAUACAACUCCUCUAAUUUUGGAAUAUUUGAUACAAAAGGGGAAGGACGACCAAAAGAACGAAACCAUAACAUGAUCAGUAAAACCAGUCAAAGGCAGCUAAUCUAAAACAUCCAAAUUAAAAAAAAAAAUUAAAGAUCCAGCAAUAAGCUAAAAACAGAUCAAAACACGUGUCAGCAUCCUACAAUCAACAUGUUUAAUCAGUGCUGUGCGCUGACUUUUCUAAGUCCUCCUGGGCUUCUUGGAGAAAAAGGUGGGAGACAAAUGCGAUCGAUAGAUAGAUAGAUAGAUAGAUAGAUAGAUAGAUAGAUAGAUAGAUGGGGAGGGAUCAUCAUAAUCUAGCUAUAAUAUACAGUAAUACUUCCCUCUCCCCGCCACUCACAUAACUUGCUAAAUUAUUUCCUAAGAUUUGGAGACAGAGUCGGUAAAAAAACAAAACUCUGCAACAAGAGCGAGUUUGAUAUCUCUUGAUGAGUUUAAUCACUUGGAGCUAUUAGGAAUACAGAUUUGAGAGCAGCCCUUCCAGAAGCGUUGAGGUAAAGCCAGAGGGUCGGUGGGUGGGGCCAACUAUCCGAUCUGACCGUAAGCCCGGCCCAGGGGGCGUGGCUUGCUGGAGGCUGCCGCUUGAAAAGGGGAGCCCUGGGCAGCUUGGAACAGCACAGAUCGGCUGGCUGGUGCUUCAGAGGCGCAGCAGGUGAGCCCAUCGUGGGAAGCAGCUGCGGGGCGCUCCCUGGCGGUCUCUCCAGUAGCUUUGCAGAGAGGGGAAAGGAUGCACCGCCUCUCUGUCUCGCUGUGUCUGUCUGUCUGUCUGUCUGUCUGGGAUGGUAGAGGGGCAGGCUUCUUAUGCAAGUGUCAAACCACCCCCAAUCUCUGGCUCUCUUCCAGAUUUUGCAAAGCUUUCUUUCUUUCUAAGCCAAGUUGGAGAAGGAGGAAACAUCGCCAGACAUGGCAUCCGAGGUGAGCUGGGAGUUUUUGGAAAUUCACCUCCCCCCUCCCGUAUCCCCCCCCCCCAAAAACCCCACCUUCCAUCCCUGUCCUUUUUCACAAUAAGAUUUGUCAUUGCGGAGGCUUCACAUCAGAAAUCAUUUUGAGCAAAAUUAGGGUUUGUAGUUAUAUCUGUGAUUCAUUUUCCGUUUAGAUGGCACUGACAGUAGCUUGCAUGCUGGAGAGGGCAUGGUUGCAGCAUGGGAUAAGGAUUUUUUGGGAUGGUGGAAUUCACUGUCACCAAAGAGCUGGUGAAGGGUCUUACAUGCUAAGAACCAGUUUCUGGGUUUGCUGUUUUCCUCCUCCCUCCAAAUCCCUUUUCCUUUUGUGUCAUGUGCUUUACAAUUUAAGCCCAAGAUCAGGAGCUGUUUUAUUACUGAGAUUUGUAAGCCACUUGAUGAGCAUUUUUUCCAAGGCUGGAGAGUAGGAUGUGAAUAAAUAAAAUACAUGGUGUAUUCCAUUGCUGCAGAGCAGACAUAUGGGUGCCCCUUUAUUGGGAUUGUUAGCAUGGUUAGAUGAGACUCGUAUACCCUCCAUGGUUAGAGGCAGUGUACCUGUCUCACUGCUGUUAGUGAACAAGGGCCUGGCUGUUAAACCAUGCAUAUAUGUGAGUUCAUUGAACUGACCUCUGUUGGAGGCAGAGUACUGAGCUAAACAGCCCCAAGAGGGCUAUUCUUAUGGUUUCAUUUGUAGCACUUAGAUUCUAGACAUCUGGUGCCUGAGUUUUCAGACAACAGCUAUUGCUGGCCAUCUAAGUUUCAUUUUGUUUUGACCCCUUGGAGGAUUGAAUCAUAGAACCUUCUUAUUUAUUGUGUGCCAUCAGCUAAAUGUUGGCAGAUUUCAGGACACAUAGAAGGAAGUUCUUCUUUACAGGGCACAUAGUUAAACUGUGGAACUCCCUCCCACAGGAGGCAGGGAUGGCCACAAACCUAGAUGGCUUUAAAGGAGGAUAGGACAAAUUCACGGAGGUGAAGGUUAUCAGUGGCUAGGAACCAUCAUGGAUGCGGUCUGCCUUCAAAGCUGGAGGCAGCGAUGCUUCUGAAAACCAGUUGCUGGAAACCACAGGAAGGAAGAGAUGCUCUUGUGCUCAAAUCCGUGUUUAGGGGUUCCCCACAGGCAUCUGGGUGGGGUCACUGUGAGAACUGGAUGCUGGACUAGAUGGGCCACUGGCCUGAUCCAGCAGGCGGUUCUUAUGUUCAAGAGGCGAAUGAAUUUGGGGUGGGAAUGUAAGGGGUUUGCAAUGCUGGAAGGCCAGGGAUUGGGGAGAGAUUGGAAGGGGCCAGGCUUUGUGGUGGUGCACCUGCAUUGCAUACAGAAGGCUCCUGGGGAGUCUGACGCCCUCCCUGGCACGUCUGUUUCAAAGGAACUCACAUGGCUGAGGGCCGUUUUCUGGUCAAGUCAGACACUCUUGGGCAAGGUGGACCCACAGUCUGACGUGCACAUGCAGUAUUGGAAGGAUCUAUACUGAUUUCUAGAACUGUAGAGUUGGAAGGGACCCCAGGGGUCAUCUAGUCCAACCCCCUACAACACAGGAACCACAGCUAGAUAAUCCCUGACAGAUGGCAGCCCAUCCUCUGUUUGAAAACCUCCAUAGGGCAGAGGGCAAGCAGCUCAGUGGCAGAGCAUCAGCUUGGUGUGCAGAACCUCCCGGGUUCACUCCCAGAUAACAUAGGGCUGGGAGAGACUCCCUGCCAAAACCUCUGGAGUGCCACUGCCAGUCAGUGCACACAAUUCUGAGUUAGAUGGACCUGCGGUGCAUCUCACCGUAAGGCAGCUUCCUGGGCUCCUUGAUUCAAAACCAUGAGGACUAGAAUCUUAACUUUAUUUUCCGGGCAAAGGCUGUGGCUCUGUGGCAGAGCAUCUUCUCUGCAUGCAGUAGGGCUGGGAUGGACCGGCAGGUCUGACUCAGUCCUGCGUUCAGAGACCCUUCCUUUUGAAAGCGAAUCCUCCCCUAACAAGACUCGCUGUCUCUUGCAAAAAAAGAGUAUUUGCAAGUGAUGCUUCUCAAUGCUAACCUCCAUUACUGGCAUUGCCUGGGAAAAAGAAGCAUUUUUAUUUUUUUAAGUGCUGAAUGCAGGCUUCAGUGUGGCUUGACCCUAAAAUGAUAUUUCCUGGCCGGCUGACCUUUGGCUCCUGAAGAGGCAGAGCAGUCACAUGUUGCCCUCCUAUUUGUUUUGAGGCAACGGGAGCAGUUGCAGCAACGGAAUCCUGUGCUGACAGAAGCAGAUUGUGAUCCACUGAGUGUUCUGCUGAAGAUCAAUAAUAAGCUAUAUGUGCUGGAUUCACCAAAAAGUUGGCUGGGGGAGAGGGAGAGGCGGUGAGCUCCAGAGGUAGACCUGUGGGUCAUAUGAUUUCAGAAUCAACAUUUGAGGGGAGCUCUGCCGCUUGGGGGGGGGUCUCAGGUUCAACCCUGGUAGGGCUGGGAACGUGCCCUGCCUGAAACCCCAGAGAGCCACUACCAGUCAGUGCUAAAUGGACCAACAGUGUAAUGAAGUACAAGGCACCUUAGAAUCAUAGAACUGUAGAGUUGGAAGGGACCCCGAGGGUCAUCUAGUCCAACCCGCUGCAACGCAGGAAUCUCGACUGAAUCAUACAUGAUAGAUUUGCCAUCCAAGCUCUGCUAAAAAAAACGCUCCAAGGAAGGCUCAGUCGCCAGUUGCAUUUCCAGAUAGGGCUAGGAGAUGCUCCCUGUCUGAAACCCUGGAGAGCCGGUCCAUGUGAACAAUACUGAGCUAGAUAAACCCAGGGUGUUAUUUCCUACAUUCCUUCUUAAUUUCUCAUUCUUGUUAACCUGCGCAAGGCAUCUUCCUUCUUUCCCCAGGGUGAUAAACUUUACGGAGGAAGGCUGACGGGGAGUCUUGAUCCCAUCAUGGAGAAGCUCAACUCUUCGAUAGAGGUAGACCAUCGCUUGGCGGAAGUUGACGUCCGCUCAAGUAUAGCUUAUGCCAAGGCUCUGGAGAAAGCUGGGAUCUUAUCCAAAGCCGAAGUGGAGAAGAUCAUCAGUGGGCUUGAGAAGGUAUUGAUCCGGGAACUUCAAAGCAAGCAUACAAGAUCUAGAAAGGGUGCUUUGGGAGACGGGGACUGUUUCAUCUUGAGUAGGGAACAUUAGAAUUUAAGAACUGGGGCCUGUGUGGGUUUGUUUCCCCUCUUUCCUUGCCAAGAACAGGUUAGAAAAUCUCUACUUCAGGAGCAUGCAAUUUGUGUCCCCCCAUCACAUCAGUCUGGGAUUCCUUUGUUAGAAGGAAGAAUCAACUUCUCCUUAUCCAGUGUACAGUUCCUUUUAUAAGAGCACCCCAAAAAUAUUUCUGUGGUGGGUGAUGUCAUCCACUUCCCAAUAUGCUGACACCCAUAAGUGCAUGCUGGCUCUUUUUGACUUUCUCCUGGAAAGAAGCAGGGCUCCUAAACACAGUUUCUUGGACUCAGCUGUUAAAUGCAUGACUGACUCUCUAACUCAUCCCGCCACAAACACAAGCAGCAAAGACCGCCUUGUUAAUUACUAACCAGCCCUUUUUCUGCUGUAUUUGUAGAUUUCUGAGGAGAUUUCCAAGGGCACUUUGGUGAUCGCCAAAACUGAUGAGGACAUCCACACCACCAUUGAACGCAGGCUCAAGGUUUGGUGCACCUGUUCAAUCUACGUUCUGUGGCUUUUUUCUUCUGGGGACUGUAGAUUCUAAGGGAUUUUUGGCUAUGUCCAUUUCAGGAAGAAGCAAGCUUCCCCUUACCUCCUGUUUGUCCACCAAAAGAGAUCCGUACCCUAAUUUUCAGUGUCCUAAUGGCCCUUUUGGGGCUACAAACACAGUUGGAUAACUAUAGGACAGCAGGAUCAUAGAGGCCGAAAGCACAAGCAGGUCAAAAACAAACCAAGCUUUAGAUCCACAGAGCCCUACCUCCCCAAACAGGCAAACCUCUCAGAACCAUCCCCAAGCAAAAAUAAAAUAAAAACAAAUCACCUCAAAUUAUGAAAAUAAAAAAGGGAUGGACAUGGGGCCUAAGUGGGUGCCAAGGGGGCUGUCUGAGGAGACCAUGGUGCCUGCAAACACCACAUCAAGGACCCCAGCUUUAAAGUAAGAAACCAUGGUUUGUUUAUUUGUUGGGGAGACAACCAUGGUUUAUUUGGCAAACCAUUGCUUCAGACAAACCAUGGCUUAGCAUUUCAUGCAAACAUAGCCAAUGAAUAACUGUUUUCAAGAUCUACUCCCUCCAAAGCAUUGGACUGACAAUGACGAUGACUCCUUUUUUCCAGGAGCUGAUUGGUGAUGUGGCUGGGAAGCUUCACACCGGAAGAAGCAGAAACGAUCAAGUAGGAAAACAAGAGUGGAUGGCUUAUUAGCAGUUUUAGCUAUCCUACCUGUUUCUCUCUCUCUCUGUUUCCUAUGUAAAUGUAGUAGCAGAAGGUAUUGCGGGAGGGAGCGUUCUGAAAAAGCUAUUCUGUUUUAAAAUAUAACAUCAAGUUUCUAGUCCUUAAAGCUUUCCAGAUAAGUCACACUUCCAAAAAAUCUCACAAGAUGGUGGGGAAAUGAGUAGGGAUUCUUGUAGACACCCUGAUUUAAGCCAUUGCCCUUUGCCCCUUCCUCUGUCCGGCUGAAGUCAGAUUGUGCAAGGUUUAGGGAUUUUCUGAUACAGAGGAUAAACAGCCAGUAAUCCCACAUUUCUGAAAUCGGGAGUUGCACCAUCGUGCUCUGAAUCUAUUUGCAUGAGAUCAGCUUUCCGGCUCCUCUUCGGCAAACUCCACUGGGAUGGGGAUGGUGUUUUGGGGAAGGGCCCUUCCUCCUUGCUGAGGUUGUAACAACAUAAAUAAGAGAAUCGGGUCAAUGGCCCAUUUAAUCAAGCAUCAGAGGGAGCGGGUGGCACUGUGGAGUCACUGCAUCCCCUUGAUCAUCAGGGUUGCCCUUUUCUGAAUCUUUUCCAAUAUCCUUUUUGAGAUGAGGCGACCAGAACAGCACACAGUAUAACUCAAAUGUGCUUUGAGUUACCACCGUAUCUCCAUCUCAGCUGCCUUUGUUUUUCUCCCUAGCCCAACAGCUCUGGUACCCAACACUCUGAACCGAGUACAACGAGCUAUUCAUUCAUAGCUACUGAGCUUUCUGUCUCUUCUUUAUUAUUAAAAAUAUGUUCUUGGUCUUGGGGACCAGUUGCUUGUGUAAAAUUCGGAGUCUGUUUGCUCUUUCAAGGUGGCCCCUUUCCAUAGCUGAUUCCUCCAAAGCCCUCUUUUCCUCCUCUAGCCCAGAGCUGUUGCAGUUGAGAGGCAAAGUGGCCUGGUGGUUAAGGAGCUUGUCAGCAUCUCUGAAGGCCAUGGGUUCAAGUCCUGCUUAUUCUCACACUGGAUGGCCGCCUCCAGUUCACUCAGCAAUGAAGCGGUACCUGACCUGUGCCAAAUAUAUCUUGUAUCUUGAUUCCUGCAUUCCCCACAGCCAGAUACUGGCCCUUCAGGCCUUGUAGGGAGCUAACUGGCCUCCAGCUGAGUGUCGUCCCCCCAUGCAAUUCCAUACAUGGUUACUUGGAAGUAAUUCCCACUGAAUUUAAUAGGGCUUACUCCCGGGUAAGUGUGUAUAGGACCAAGGCACCCAGGUUCUUAUCAGGAGACCCUCAGCAGAAAAAUCUGCUUUUGCAGACAAGUUUCCAUGACUCACUACCUGCAUUUUUUUAAAUUAGUAAUAGUAAUACAUUAUUAAAUGAGCAAUUUUUAACCCACAGCAGAGGCAAAGGAGUUGAGGGAUGGACCAGGGAUGUGGUCUUACCCAAUUGGCCACCGAGGUGCAGGAAAAUGUUUGCCCAGAAUGUCACUGAACGGGGGAAGAAAUGUUUCCAAGCUGUGGGAAAUAGAAAUGUGUUUUAAUGAAUUCAUCGUUGCAUUAUUUUAAUAAGUGUGUGAACAUAUGUGUGCAAGACAGGUAAGGGUCAUAGCUCAGUGGAUGAGCAACACUUUGCUCCCAGAUUGUUCGUUUGCAAACUGGAGAGCCGCUGCAAGUGAGUGGAGCCGGCAUUGAGCUAGAUGGACCAAUGGGUUCUGUAGAAGGCAUCUUCCAAUGGAACCAAAUUCUACUCUCCUUUAAGUCAAAACCAUGAGAUCUAGCCCUGCACUCUGCUGCUGCAGCAGCAGCAGCAGCGAGAGCCAUAGCUCAGUGACAGAGCACCUGCUUUGCACCCAAGGUCCCGGGUUUGAUCCCCAAUGGUGUCUCCGGGUACGGCUGGGAACGUCCCCCCCAUCUGAAACUAGGAGGCCUUCACUCCCAUCCUCCCCACCCUCCAACCCAGGAGGAGAGAACAACAUGUUUCUCAGAAGUAACAGCUGUGCUCCAAUAAUGCACAUCUUUGAGGCCAGGGUAAAGGAUAUCCACUCCAAGCAAUCGAAUGCUACAUGGAUUCCAAAACGGUUGUCUUGGAUGCCAUCAGGACCUUCUGCAGGUUUCUUGGGUAGAAGGGCUUGGACAAAACACCCUCCAUUGCUCUUCUUCCUUGCCACUGUUGUGGUUGGCAUGCCCAUCAGGAAAAGAGGCAAGUGAGCAAGCCAGGGGCCAUAGGGCAGGGCUCUUUUUCAGUGUGAACCCCCCAAUCUUAGCAACUGCCCAGCCACUAUGACAUGUGGUGCGUGCCUUUGGAACGGUAUCCUUGACCGGCUAAACUGAUCCCAAAUGACCUCCUUCAGCAUCCUCUGUGAAAGGGGCCAGAUCAGCGUCUCCAGGUGGAAUUGUUGGUCUUUCUUCCGUGAGGCCUGAGCAGUGAGAUGCUUUGCGGCUUUUCUUCCAGGUGGUGACCGACCUGAGGUUGUUGAUGAAGAGCUCUAUCACAGUGCUUUCCGGCCACCUGCAGCAGCUCAUCCGCACCCUGGUGGAGCGUGCUUCUGCGUAAGCUUCUCUUUAUUUUCUCCCUGCCCCUCCGCCACAUUUUACUUAUAUAUAUUUUAUUGCAUUUAUAUCCCAUCCUUUUCCACCAAGGAGCUCAAGGUGGUGUGCAUGGUGCUUCCCCAUUUAAUUCCCGAUAACAGCCCUACAAGGUAGGCUAGGCUGAGAGAGGCAGUGCCUGGCCCAAGGUUGCCCAGUGAGUUUCAUGGCUGAGUGGUGGAUUUGAACCCUGGUCUGCCCUAGUCCAACACUCUAACCACCAAACCACACUGUCCCCUCUUCUUGGACUAGUCACUGGCUGCCAGUUCAUUUAUGGGGACAACUUUAAUGGCUGGUAUUGGCUUUCUGAAGCCCUAAGCUGGAGGAGGGAAUCUUUUCCUUUUCCCCAGUCCAAGGACUACAUUCCCUGUUGGGCAACCAUCUGUGAGCCAUGUGUCAGAAAAGGGCAAGGCCAGACGCCAAGAGUGGGUGGAGACAACACUGCAAAUCUUUGUGCAGUAGGCAACAAACUUGGUCCAAAGUCAGUGAAAUGUGAUUUUGUAACUUGGUGGUCUCCUGUGUUUCUUUGCAGUGAAAUUGAAGUGAUCCUUCCUGGUUACACCCACCUGCAAAGGGCUCAGCCAAUCAGAUGGAGCCAUCUCUUAUUAAGGUAACGGAUGCCUUCCCCACCUUCCGGAGUUCCUUCUAGUAAGUUGCCCCAAUCCAUCCUGUAGCAGCUUUCAACCUGGAAGGGAGAGGUAGUCUGAGCAUGUGCAGAGUACUAGGUCAUCAAAAUCUGCUUUCUAUGAUCCAGGAGGCUCCAGAUCCAAGAAGUAAAAUUCCUUGGCCCUGGUGGGUAGGCGGGCAGGCGCCUCUUUUUAGAGAUGUGGGUUUGCUUGCUCCUUUUCAAGUCUCUUCCUCUUGACUUCCAACAGCCACGCCGUGGCUUUGACCAGGGAUUCUGAGCGUCUCUCGGAGGUGAAGAAGAGGAUCGACGUCCUGCCUUUGGGAAGGUAAAAACUGAAUCUCCUUCUGAUGUUAGUUACACCUGGGCCAGCUAAGACCAGUAGCUCAUCAUCACCUGUGAAUCUUGAGGAUGUCUCGUGUACACUUGUCUCCUUCGGAUGUUAAUAAUAAUUGUAAUGUAAUGGACCAAUAUAUCCUGUAACUGCUGACAGCAAAUUGUUAGUAUGUAUAGGGAAAGGAGGGAAGUGUUUUCUCAAUUCCAUGGCUCCCACCCCAUGUACAACCUCCCUGCAGUGUUGCAAAGGAUCUUGGCUGGGCAAUGUGGGCUUCCCCUGCUAGGCGGCUUCAGCCCUUGCUGCCCUUCCUCUGAACGGGAGGUUAGAAGAGGAUCCUGUUUGGGGAGGAGGGAUUAUUUCUACCUCUUCUCUCCAUUUAUUUUAUUUUAUUAUUAUUUUUGCAGUGGUGCUCUGGCUGGCAACCCACUUGGCCUGGACCGUGAACUUAUCCGUAAAGGUGAGUGGUGCAUUAUUCCUUCCAAAUGAAACAGAGCAAAACCAUUCUUCCAGAAGGUGAAGGGAGUUCAUUUACAGACUGCCAAAAAUAAAGGAGCCUAGAUUUUAGGCUGAAUUGGUCUGAGGUGUUUUCUCUUUUUCCCCUCUCACACAACAAUACAUUCACUUUCUCUUACCCCAUUAAUUUGCUCUUCGCUUGUGGCAACAUCUGCGUGCAAAGUGAAUCAAUCUGACUUUGUUACUCUUUUGCUCAAAUUUCCUUGAUGUGUCUCUUUUUGUCUGUCUUUUUUCAUUCUAGAACUCGAGAUGGCAUCCAUCAGUAUCAACAGCAUUGAUGCUGUGAGCGACCGUGACUUUGCGGGUAAGUGUGCUGUUUUUGUGUCAGGGCAGAGUUCCGAAUAUUUGGAAUCGGUUGCAGGGGAUAGGUUUGCAGAGGACUAGAACCUUGAAGGCUUUGCAAUAAGAGUGAGCUAGUUAAAACAGGACAGCCUGAUGGACUAUAAUCUUGUUCCUUGUUUGAGGGCAACCAAUGAGAUUUCUUUUCCCCUCAUUUAUUCCCUCCAGUGGAGUUCCUUUCCACUUCUUCUCUGCUCAUGAUCCACCUGAGCAAAUUAGCCGAAGACCUGAUUCUCUUUGCCACAAAGGAGUUCGGAUUCAUCACUCUCUCCGAUGCAUUCUGGUAACGCUGUAGAAUUUCUUAACCCUGUUCCGGGGAUUCCUCCGGCAGUCUUGCCCAAGCAGAGGUGGAAGGGCCACCUUUUCAGAGAAUAUUUAGCAUUGCAGGGGUCCCUUGCAAAUCUAUGAUUCUACGUCCAAUGGCUUUUAAGCUAGGCAUUUGGGGAUCUCUGUUUUCCUUGCUCACUUAUCAGGAGUUUCUGAAUGAGAUGGCUGAUAGGGGAUUAAAAGACACCCCCUCGCAAAGAUGACAGCUUCUUCCUCCACUACACUGGAUAUUCCUGGGGUCAUGCUUCUAAUCCACAUGGCACAAUUAAUAAACUGCAGCUUGUGGUCUAACUGUGCACUGUAAGGCACAGAGGUAUUGACAUACUUAAAAGAUUUUGGAUAGGGCACAAAUUUGCAUAUGCUAAUAUAAGCAAACAUAGAACUUAAAGUCACAGGAGUGAAAAGAAAACUUAAUCCCCCACCCAAAUUUUCUGAGAUAAAUUCUUCCAUUAAUUUGCACUCCGCAGUAGUUUCCCUUCCAUUCAAUUCAAUUUCCACAUGGAUCUUGCUCCAAAUCAUUUCAGUUUCUCCUUAUAUUAUCACCAAUCAUCUCAAGGUAAUGCAAACUUUUAAUUUGUUCCACUUCCCAAAUGAAUACGCCAGGUAGUAACUCAGCUCAACCCAGCUCCAGUUCAAUUUCCCCCAAAUUCAUUUUUAUUUUACUCAAACACUGAGAUCUGUGGUUCAUACCCUUGUGUCUACCACCGCCCCUAAUGGGGCCUGUUCCAGAAUCCUCUGCAGUUGCAAGCAGAGCAAUAUAGAGAGGUUGCUUUUCUCCCACCCACAGAGAGGCUGAAAAGUACUGCUGCGGCCUGAGAGGUUGAACCAGAUCUUGCUUUGCUCUAAGUGUGACAUAUUCUGUUUUGUUUUUUCAAAGCACCGGGAGCAGCCUGAUGCCUCAGAAGAAGAAUCCGGACAGCCUCGAACUGAUCCGUAGCAAGACUGGCCGUGUGAUCGGAAGGGUGAGUGCGCAGGCUUGGUUCAGGUUCAGUCAGUGACAAAGCCUCGAAAAUUUUAGUUGUGAUUCCUGCAUUGCAGUGGGUUGGACAAUUGGACGACAUGACCAUUACAGGGGGUUGGACUAGAUGACCAUUGGGGGUAUGUUGAUAAAGGAAUAAAAUACAGGUGACCCUUGAGAACUUUCCUUUAAAAGAAAAAUCCAGUGGAUUUGUCCGUACCUGAAUGUAUUUGUGACACAUACUUUUUCAGUGUUAUUAAAUGCUCUCUCCCAUCUCAUUCCUUCCUUGUUCUUUGCAGACUAUUGGACUUCUCGUGGUACUGAAAGGACUCCCCAGUGCCUACAACAAAGACCUGCAGGUAAAAGGAUGGGGGCAUUAAUGGCUUUACCUAGGUCCCAGUUACAGACUGCCACCUUCUGGCGCAGCUGGGUUGCAGCUGGGGCUUGGCUCGAGGGUAAGAAACACAGAGGAUCUGUGGAACUUCUUGCCACAAGAUGUGUGCAGCACUCAGGUUGAGAGAAGGCUUGGGUCUAUUCUCUGGGUCAAUGUGGAUAAAUUGCAGGGGACAGCCAUUGCCUACAAGGCCUUGCUCAUGAGCUUCCCGGGGGAAACUGACUUAUGUCAGACGCUCCAAGUGUUCCUAUUUUCCAGGGACAUCCCUGAUUUAGAGAAGCCGUCUUGGUUUCUGAUUUGAUCCCAGAAUGUCCCGCUUUUCGUUAGGAUGUCCUUAUUUUCAUUGAAGAAAUAUUGGAGGGUAUGUGAUGUUUUGCAGGACCAGGUGGGCCUUCUCGUCUGGUUCAGCAGCACAUUUCUCAUGUAAAAAGAGAAAAGCAUUUGUCUGUUUUUCCCCCUGCAAACAGGAAGAUAAGGAGGCCGUGAUCGAUGUGAUUGACACCCUGAGUGCCGUGCUUCAGGUCACCACUGGUGUGAUCUCUACUCUCCAGGUAAGAAUUAUUAUUUUUUAGGAAGGUUUGCCCUUACUUGCUGAGGAAGCCCAUAAGUGUUCCCAUUCUCUCCCCCUCUCUUUCUAAGGCUGGUUCCAGACUGUUACAAUUUUUAAAAUUUGGUAUACCACCAAAUCCCAGGUUGCACAAUUAAAGUGGAUUUGAUUAUUUUAAAUUGGCUAUCCAUUAUACCUGAUGUCUUGCAAUGGAGUAUUCACUACUCUUGCCAAAGGUUUCUGCUGCUAUUGGGUUUCUUUUUAAUGAAUUUCAUGCAUUUUUGUUAUAAAUGCAUUUUGUAUAGUGUGUUUUUUAAGCAACCAACAAGUUCAAUGUGAUAAUAGGGGAUUUGUAAGCAGAGACCUACGUAGAACAUGGAUGUAUGUUUUAAUCUGUUUUUUGGGGUUGUUUUCUUAUUCCCAGUUGUAUCUUUGGAAUGUUUUAAAGAGCUGCUUUGACUGAUAACUUGAUUGUUUUGUUCUCUUCGUAAACCACUCUGAGGUUGCUGCUUUCCACAAUCAAGUGGUGUAUAAAAUUUUAAAACAACAAAAGAAAUAAAUAUUCUCUUCCAGAUCAACAAGGAAACCAUGGAGAAAGCCCUCAGCCCUGAUAUGCUGGCUACGGAUCUUGCCAACCUCCUGGUUCGCAAGGGGGUGAGUGUCUGAAGCAGGAGUAGCCACCCCAAUGGUGUCCGCUAGAAGCUGGGACCAAUAGCCAGGAAUGAUGGGAGCCCAAAAACAUCAGGAGGGGGCAGUACACCAUGUUGGUUACUCCUGAUCCAAAAUGGUAGAUUCCACUUGCAUUUGUACUUGAGAGCUGUGAUCCAGUGACUUCCCCAGCGGAUCUAGGCCUGGGUGGGCACCACCAUGCAGGGCCACCAAAAACUGUGGUCUCCUGGAGAAACCGCUGCAAAUUUCUGCUUGCACAGUAAAUGUGGACAUCUGUUUCCAUUACAUUCCACUACAUAAUUCAGCAGGGAACACCCACCCCAAGUUUCAGAUAGCACAACUUUUUGAUGCAAGAUGGGCUGGUUUCCCAAGAGAUGACCCCCCCCCCAACAGAUGUUUGGGUCUCCUUGUCUGCGCAAUACCCCUCAGACCAAAUGGACCAUUGACCUGAUCCAGUAGGCUCUGCUUGUGCUCUUAAGGUCCUAGGGGGGAAGCUGCCAUAGCAACCUCCUACUCUUCGUAGAUUCAGGCUGAAGGUUGCAGGGAUCAGCUAGGUCUACGCAAGGGAAAGCUCCUGAAGGUGUGCUUUUGCGAUUGCAGAUGCCGUUCAGACAAGCCCACACUGCCGUUGGGAAAGCGGUCCACUUAGCUGAGACCAAAGGAGUGACUCUUAACCAUCUAUCCCCAGAGGACCUGAAGAGCAUCACGUAAGUGUCGCCCUUUUUGCAAAAUGUGAAAACCAAGUUCCGUGGAGUUGGAAGGGACCCCAGCGGCCAUCUAGUCCAACCCUGUGCAAUGCAGGAACCUCGACUGCAUCAUACAUGACAUAAGGGCAUCCAACCUCUGCUGUUUCUAGCCCUCACGGCUGCAGACCCGAGGCGUCGGCAUCUUAUACUGCGUUAAAAUCAUUCCUUCUAAGAGUCUCUCUAAGGCAGAAUGUUAGGUGGCCAAAGAGAGCCAUCCCAGCUCAAGGAUACUUCCAGCCAGUCAAAAAACAUACUCCGGGGCUUCGGAGGGGUAUGGCUUUUCUUCAGAGAUGUGUGGCCUGGGGAGGGUCCAGAGAACGGGACAGAGAAACCUGUUAGGGGUACAUUUGGCUUCCUGGUUUGAGGUUCCCUCACCCCUGACACAGCUCUGCCCUGCAUGACUGUCUCUUGGUCACUUGAAAGUGUGACCAACAUGAGAGAGAGAGAGAGUUCUCUGAAUAUUGUUGAAUACCCACUGACUGACCUCCAGCUGGAUUUUCUUUCCCUCCAGCCCCAUGCUGGGAGGCGACAUCUCCCAGGUGUUCAACCAGCAGAGCAGCGUGGAGCAGUACACCUCCCCUGGCGGGACGGCCAAGAGCAGCGUGAGCACCCAGAUCGAGCAAUUGAAGGAGCUCCUGAAGAAGCAGAAGGAUUAAGCUUUUGAGUGUGGGGGAAGGAAACUAUCCCUUUGCUGCGGGUUGUGCUUAUCACGUUUAAUCCCGAGUUAAUAAACACAGUGGUGUAUUGGAU